AUGACGGUGCCCGUCUCACACUAUGAGCGGCCGGGCUCGAGCGGCACCGGCCCGCAAGUGAAGAGUGAGUAUGACGAUCUGGGUUAUUCCGCGGUGCAAUUCUCGGUUGAUUCACUGGACGCGGACGUGGUCAACUUUGAGGCCGGCAAAGAUGGUUACCACGGCGGCUCUGCGCCAGCGCACAACGAGGCCAUGGAUUGGGGAUCUGCGAUGCCAGCGGACGACCUGCGCUUCGACGACUUUCUCGACCUCGACAGCAUGUCACAUACGGGUGACGAGUGGCCUGACCAGCCCGACUCGCUCUUCUUCGACAUGCCCGCCCUUGACGGGUCCACCUCCACAACGAGCGUAUCAGACGAUUUCGACGACCUGCUGAGUUGCCACUCUCAGCAGCAACACAACCACCAGCACCACCUGUACCACCAGCACCAGCAACCGCAACAGCUGCUGCAGGUUCCGCCCGUGGAGGCUAGGACUAGCACGACAGGUGGUCCCGCUGCCACUAGCUGCAUGGCGGCUGGUAGUGGUGUUGGUAGUGCUAGCGGUGGUAGCGGCGCCAUUCGCUUUCCCUCUGCCCACCAGGAGGACUGCGGUCCAGCUGCUGAGGUUACCGAUGUUACUGCGCAGAUACGCCCGGGCAAGAGCCAGCCUUCUCCGGCGAUCGCCCGUGGUGGGGUGGGACUGGGACGGGGAGGGGGAGGGGGAGGGGCAGGUGGUAGAGUCCCAGGAGGACAAAGGAAAACACCGUCGACCUAUCCGGAUACAGCUCUCGGCCUUGGCGGCACCGAGUCGAUCUCUGACUCUGAGCUGCUACGGCUCGAGGGUAUCUCGUUGAAAGCGUCACCUUCUCGCGUCCCGCCCCUGGGCCAUGUCUCACACUCGCAACCUCCCACCCCCCUCCUCCACCAAGGCCAGGGCCCGGCCACGUCCAAGCCUACUCCCGCUACUACUACGACCACCACCACCACCUCCUCCUCCACCGCCGCCGCUACUACUGGCAGCCGGAGCUUCUUCAAGGCCGUUGCCUCCAAGAUCCAAAAAGCAGCCACCGUCCGCUCUAAGCCUUCCUUUUCCCGGACCACCAUCAACACCACUGAGCGCGACUCUUCCACCAUGUCCACACUCUCUAUCGACAGGCCCAUCUCACCUGCCAUCUCCCCUCGCAAAGCAUUCAAGCUCCGUCCUGACCAGCAACAAAUGGGCAUCCCCGACGGCUCUCACCCACAGCAACAACGCCUCCCCAUCUCACCUCCCAACAGUGCAACCAUCCCUCAGGGCCUCUCCAACCCGUUCUGCAACGGCUUCGUCGAGGACCCGUUCGGCUUCGACCCCAGCGUCGCUUCUGAUCCCUCACCUACCGUCUACAAGAGACAAGCCCCUCACACACCCAUUGACACCCCCGUGCUUGAGGACGAGAAGAGCAACAUGUACUUCCAACAACCCAUCCACCCUCAUCAGGGCGGUAUCGCCCAGGCUAACAAGGCCGUAUGGCCCCUGCCCUCCUCGUCGGCCCAUGCCGACUCUCACGGAAAUAUGGCCUGGUCCAACUCGUUUGCUCAGUCUGACGGCCUCGACACCACGCAGGGGGGGGAUGGUCCCGUCGACCUCAGCGACGCCAGCUCACAGUACCAGGCCCAGAAUGCCCGCAAUGCCACUUACAACCUCGCCCUCCACACCCAGCAAGCCGCUGGUGGUGCGGGUAGGGACAUGGCGUAUGAGUAUCAUAACCAGGGCCAGCAGCAGCAGCACAUGCCUACUGCUGGCAACCCCCACGAGAUGUCAGGACUCAUGAUCCAGAUGUCCCAGGCCAACCGUUCGUCAUCGUCGCCGGUUGUCCAGUCCGGCGCCUACACACACAUGCCCCAGCAUCAUCACGCAGUGGUGCAACAUCACCAACAGCAACUGCAGCAUCAAAUGCCGCCCCAACCCCAGACCGAACGUCGCCCGCGCAUGCCGCGCGCUCCUUCGGCUGGUGCACGACACAUGACAACGCCAAUGCGCCGACAGCGGCCCUCCUCCGCCAACCGUAACCGGGCUCGCGACUCGUCAUCAGCCAGUCCCACGCCCAACGGUCGGUCUCGCAACUCGUCUGGCUCCUCCAACGCUGGCGGUCCCGUCAUCGGCGCGAGCGUGAAGAAGCGUCGCUCCUUUCAAACCCCAGCCGGCGGUCGUCCUGGCCACCCACGCACGCCCAGCGGUGGCAGCAGUGGCGCGCUCGGGCUCGGCAUUGGCAUGGGCGAUGGCGGCGGCGGCGGCGGCUUCGUCAACUUCACACCCAGCGAUCACACUCUUCUCAUGACGGGUGUUGCCCCCUCGGGAUCCAGCAAGACCAAGGCGCGGCGCGAAAAAGAGGCUCUCGAAAAGAGGCGACGUAUGAGCGAAGCAGCCCUCAAGGCCGUCGCAGCAGCAGGCGGCGACAUUGACAAGCUCGUCGAAGAGGGUUUUGUUUUCUAG